UGGGUGGAGCGCGCGGUCAGGAAAUGUGUAAUGUAAAAGCUGUGAAACUGAUGCCUCGUUGUUCGCGUGAGUUUGAUGAUGAGGCUGCUUCCACCGGAGAGCCCGCCGCAUGAAGUUCACCAUCAUGAAGAACUUAACCCAAAGAACAGAGCAAAGGAUCUGAGCUGCAGCUGCCCAGAUGUCUACAAGGCGCUUUAACAUGUACGUUAGAAACUAGCUGAAGAUGCAGGGGGCCAUUGCACGAGUGUGUGUGGUGGUGGCCGCCGCCAUCUUAAACCACCCCUUGCUCUUCCCUCAAGAGAACACCACGCUCCCGGAGCAGGACGAGGAGCUGAUGGCUCGCAUGCGGGAGCACGAGGAGAGGCUGGAAAUGGAGCAGGCCAAGCUGGAGAGGGAGCUCUCACAGCAGGACACGAAGCAGGAAGAACCUGGCUCAGAUGGAGAUUAUAGUUGGUACUUUUGGAGCACUGUGUCUUUCAUCAUAUUCUUCAUUAUCGAGAUGGGCAGGGUGGAUCAUGCUGACACAGAGAUACGGCCAGCUGAGGAUGAAUACAUAUGUUCAGAGAGUGGAUCCAUCACCCCCAGGACAAUGAUCCUUGAUAAAGACAUCCUGAGCAACUUCUGCGACAAAUGUACCUACACUUCAGCUCAUGAAAACUGGAGGGUGAGGGAGUUUGUUGAGGGUUUUGCAGAUGAUUUACUGGAAUCGCUCAGGAGUGUGUGUGACAGGGAGGCAGACAUGGAAGUUGGGGACUUUGUCGGGAUUGGAAGCAUGUUCGAGUCGUGGAAGGUGUGUAAGCCUCUAAUGUGCGACCUUAUAGUACCUUUCUCACCUCCAGAUCCAUACUCCUUCCAGUUCCAUCUGUGGUGCAGCCAAAACAGUGACAUUCCUCCAGACAUGCAGGGCUGUGGCAAGAUAAAGGUGAGCAGGUUUGGGGAGAAUGAGGAGGGCUGUCUCUGCGGCUCUGCUAACCUGGGAGAGGACAUGCUUUGUCUGUUGCAUAGCAGAAACGAAGCCAUCAAAGUGGACCUGAGUCCCGAUGAACUGCUCUGCUCCAGGAACACACCUUUCUUAGCCAAAGAUCAAGUCAUGAAGUGGUUCCAGAUCUCUGUAACCAAAGCAUGGGGACGCAUCUCUCACAAAUACGACUUUGAGGUCACUUUUCGCAACUUGGACUCCCCCGGCGCUCUGAAGAUCCGAUUCCGUUCGGGGAAAGUCAUCGUAAUGAACAUCAUACCGGUGGUUCAGCUGGAGGAUACAGAUGCUUAUUUUGUCUCUCACUUUCCAUCAGAUGUGGCAGCUCUCCAGGACCCACACUGGCCCCUCUCUUUUGCUGUCUACGAGAGGAAUUUGCUGAAACAUUUCACUAAACGCCUACCACAAAAUUCCUGUCAUUUACACUGUCUUCAGAUUGUUACCUUCCUACACAGAAAGCAGACGGGGCUCACAGGAAAGUGCGCCCUCACCAACUACCAUUUAAAGACUGCUCUGCUGCACUUGUUGCUGAGAAAAAGACCCUCUGCGUGGGGCACUGAGAGUAUGGAGCACAGGCUUCGAGAUGUGCUCAGCCUCUUGCAGAGGAGCCUGCGAAAAAGACUUCACCACGUUCUGAUUGGGAACAGUAAAGUGCCAGAAGAAGUCCAGGUUCCUGACAUAAUUCGCAAAGCAGAGCCCAUCAAUCUGUUCCGGUCUCUGGUGCUGCAGACUGAACUUUAUGCAGCAACAGCCAGGCAUUUUCAGGAGAUGCUGAGAAAUGCACCCGUUCUCAUACAAGAGUACACACCUCAUUUAUCUAAUGGAGGUUUACACCACACCCUUGAUGACAGUCUGUGAGCACUGGCCAUGUUCAGUGUCUGAUUUAUUUCUAACUUUCAGCACAUGCAGAUCUUUAAAUAUCAUUCAGUGUUACUAAAGAUAAUUGAAGGCGCGCACACAAUUAUUUCAGUUAUGGCUGAUAUUGAGACAUGCAGUGGUUUUACUGUAGCUGCUUUUGCAUAGUGGUAAAGUGUAUUGAGAGUAUGGUCUCCAGCUUUCAUAUUUAUAUGUAUCUACUGUAUAUACGGGUUCUGUUAGUUGUAAAAUCUAGCACCAAAAAAGUGCACUGUAAUUAAAAAAAAAAAAAAAAAAUCAGUAGGACUGUUUUUAUAUUGCUUGUUUUAGAUGUUUAACCAGGAGGAGAGGUGUUCAGUAUAUAUGUUCAGUAUAUAUCCCUCUGCCUCUUAUAGAAGCAACAACAAGUAAUGCAUUUCACCAGUUUAACAGAAAUACCUCGCAUAUUAUGCCAGUCUAAACAGGAAUAAUCCACCAAACAUUA